UGAACUAUUUCAUAAAAAAUGGUACAGAAGAUGUGUUGCUGUGCGGCAAUAGCACUGAUGCUGGCACAUGCCCUGAGGGAUAUAUAUGUCUGAAGGCCGGGGAAAAUCCUGACCAUGGUUACACAAGCUUUGAUACUUUUGGCUGGGCCUUUCUCUCUUUGUUCCGUCUUAUGACCCAAGAUUGUUGGGAACGUCUCUAUCAACAGACUCUCAGAUCUGCUGGGAAGAUCUACAUGCUUUUUUUUAUGCUGGUCAUCUUUCUGGGCUCAUUUUAUUUGGUCAACCUGAUUCUGGCUGUUGUGGCCAUGGCAUAUGAAGAGCAGAACCAAGCCACUAUUGCUGAAACAGAAGAGAAGGAAAGAAAGUUUCGGGAAGCCAUGGAGAUGUUAAAGAAAGAGCAGGAGGCACUAGCUGCUAAAGGAAUUGAUUCGAUGUCACUUAGUUCAUUGGAAAUGUCACCUUUAGCAUCCAAAAAUGCCAAGGAAAGAAGAAAUAAGCGAAAGAAAAAGAAAUCUUUGGGAGCAGAAGAGUAUGGGGAAGACCAAAGGAAUCCCAAGUGUGACUACGAUGAUGGUCAGAGGAGAAUGACUCUCCUUGGCAUUAGUUAUGGUCCCAGUGCAAACUUGGUGAAGCGCAGAACCAGCCACGGAAGCAUAUUCAGUUUCCGACUCCGUGGCAGAGACACUGGCUCCGAAACAGAUUUUGCCGAUGAUGAGAUCAGCACGGCUGGGGAAAAUGAAAGCCACCGGGGCUCUCUCUUAAUUCCAAGAUCUGGGAGGCGUCCGAGCGUGCAAAGUCAAGUGAGCCAUAGUUCUCACCCUACUUCUCCCAACUACACCCAGACGGGCAAAAGGAACAGCUCAGUGGAUUGCAAUGGUGUGGUUUCCCUGAUAGGAGGAGGCACCGGGGCACUCAACCCAGACCCUACUUCUCCUGCAGGGUUACUGCUCCCCCCAGUUAUUAUGGAAAAACCUGGGACAGGCGACCUGACCUCUCCAUCAGACGAGGCAAGCAAGAAGCAGCUUUUAAUGCCCCACCGCCCGUCAGUGGACCACUCGGACGAACCCUUUCAGAGGCAGAGGGCAGUGAGUGCUGUCAGCAUCAUCACCAGUGCCCUGGAAGAGCUUGAGGAAUCACACCAGAAAUGUCCUCCCUGCUGGAACCACUUUGCUGUUAAAUUUCUCAUUUGGGAUUGCUGCCCGCUUUGGCUUUUGAUCAAGAAAUUUGUCAAGUUCGUGGUAAUGGACCCAUUUACUGACCUCACCAUCACCCUUUGCAUUGUGCUGAACACGCUCUUCAUGGCCUUGGAGCAUUAUAAGAUGACGAAGGAGUUUGACCACAUGCUUUACAUAGGCAAUUUGGUCUUCACUGGGAUUUUCACAGCAGAAAUGAUCUUCAAAGUAAUUGCCCUUGACCCCUACUACUAUUUUCAACAGGGCUGGAAUAUUUUUGACAGCAUAAUUGUUAUUCUAAGCCUGAUGGAACUGGGUUUGUCCAGCAUGGGAAACCUGUCUGUUUUACGCUCCUUUCGACUGCUGCGAGUCUUCAAAUUGGCAAAGUCCUGGCCGACCUUAAAUACGCUCAUUAAAAUCAUUGGUAAUUCAGUGGGUGCCCUCGGUAACCUCACUCUUGUGCUGGCAAUCAUCGUCUUUAUUUUUGCCGUGGUAGGAAUGCAGCUUUUUGGGAAAAGCUACAUGGACAAUGUAAAGAAGAUAAGCACGACCGGCAAUUUGCCACGGUGGCACAUGAAUGAUUUCUUCCACUCGUUCCUCAUCAUCUUCCGAAUUUUGUGUGGGGAGUGGAUUGAGACCAUGUGGGACUGCAUGGAAGUAGCUGGGCAGCCGCUGUGCCUUCUCGUCUUCUUGUUGGUCAUGGUGAUAGGAAACCUGGUGGUGCUCAACCUGUUCCUUGCCUUGCUGCUAAGCUCGUUCAGCGCUGACAACCUCUCAGCACCAGACGAGGAUGGGGAGAUGAACAACCUGCAGCUUGCUUUUGCUCGGAUCAACAGGGGUCUUCAGUACGUGAAACGCACGACGUGGGAUUUUUGCUGCAAUGUCCUCCGGCACCCCAAGACGACAGCUGAAAAGAAGGCGAUGAUGAAGCUUGCUGCCCAGAAUACAGGUGCCCUUAACAAUUGUGUGAACAGUCAUACCACCACUGAGCUUGGCAAAGACAUGGAGAAUCACAAAGAGAACCACGCUGAGGAUGGGAUGAAUAAAAAUGGGGAGAAACACCUAGGAAUUACAGACAAUGAUGAUUUUAUGACCAAUCCUGACCUAUCCAUUUGUGUUCCUAUUGCUGUGGGAGAGUCAGAUAUCGAGGAGGAAGAUGAGGAGCAGAGCACCUUUACAGAAAUGGAGCAGAGCAAAGCAAAACUUGAUGAAAUCAGUCUUUCUGAAGGCAGCACAGUGGAUUUGACAAAUCCUGCAGAACUGCUGGAACAGAUCCCUGAGUUUGCUGAAGAGCUGAUGGAGCCUGAAGAUUGCUUCCCCGAAGUUUGUGUGCGAUUCUUCCCAUGCUGUUCCGUGGACAUCACAAAAUUUCCAGGCAAAAUUUGGUGGAGGCUGAGGAAAACCUGCUACAGAAUCGUCGAACACAACUGGUUUGAAACUUUCAUCAUAUUCAUGAUCCUGCUGAGCAGCGGAGCCUUGGCUUUUGAAGAUAUUUAUCUCGAAGAUCGAAAAAACAUAAAAACCAUGCUGGAAUAUGCUGACAAAAUAUUCACUUACAUCUUUGUCUUGGAAAUGCUCCUGAAAUGGGUGGCUUAUGGCUUCAAGAAGUAUUUCACCAAUGCCUGGUGCUGGCUUGACUUCCUUAUUGUAGAUGUCUCUUUAAUAAGCCUCAUAGCCAAUACACUUGGAUACUCUGAGAUGGGUCCCAUUAAAUCCCUCAGGACUCUCCGAGCCCUGCGGCCAUUAAGAGCAUUGUCACGAUUCGAAGGGAUGCGGGUGGUGGUAAAUGCCCUCGUGGGAGCCAUCCCUUCCAUCAUGAAUGUUCUCCUCGUCUGCCUCAUCUUCUGGCUCAUCUUUAGUAUCAUGGGAGUGAACCUGUUUGCCGGGAAAUUUGGGAAGUGCAUUAAUAAGACAGAAGGAGAUAUGCCUUUAGACUCUAAAAUUAUUAACAAUAUGAGUGACUGUAUACUCUAUAAUGUGUCAGGCACAUUUUACUGGACAAAAGUUAAAGUUAACUUUGAUAAUGUUGGUGCUGGGUACCUGGCUCUGCUACAAGUGGCCACAUUUAAAGGUUGGAUGGACAUUAUGUAUGCAGCGGUGGAUUCACGAGAGUGUGAGGAGCAGCCUGAAUGGGAAUGUAAUUUAUACAUGUACCUGUACUUUGUGAUUUUCAUCAUCUUCGGGUCUUUCUUCACACUGAACCUCUUCAUUGGUGUCAUCAUUGACAAUUUUAACCAACAAAAGAAAAAGAUAAGUGGCCAGGACAUCUUUAUGACAGAAGAACAGAAAAAGUAUUACAAUGCAAUGAAAAAGCUGGGAUCUAAGAAACCUCAAAAGCCAAUCCCAAGGCCACUGAACAAAUACCAAGGUUUCAUUUUUGAUGUUGUCUCAAAACAAGCCUUCGAUGUCUCCAUCAUGAUUCUCAUCUGCCUUAACAUGGUCACCAUGAUGGUGGAAACGGAUGACCAAAGUCAAGAAAAAGUGAACAUCCUCCAUAAAAUCAACAUGCUUUUUGUUGCUAUCUUCACUGGGGAGUGCAUCAUCAAAAUGCUGGCUCUGCGACACUACUACUUCACCAAUGGCUGGAACAUAUUUGACUUUGUCGUCGUGAUUCUGUCUAUCGUAGGCACCGUACUUUCUGAUAUCAUUCAGAAAUAUUUCUUCUCUCCCACACUCUUCAGAGUCAUUCGCUUGGCUCGGAUUGGCCGGAUCCUAAGACUCAUCCGGGGAGCCAAAGGAAUUCGAACUCUCCUGUUUGCCUUAAUGAUGUCCCUACCUGCUCUGUUCAACAUUGGCCUCUUGCUUUUUCUGGUCAUGUUCAUUUAUGCCAUUUUUGGCAUGGCUAACUUUGCCUAUGUGAAGAAGGAGCAUGGGAUUGAUGACAUGUUCAACUUCCAAACCUUUGCUAACAGCAUGCUCUGUCUCUUCCAAAUCACAACGUCAGCUGGCUGGGAUGGUCUUCUCAACCCUAUUUUAAACACCGGACCACCGUAUUGCGACCCAAACCUUCCCAAUGCAAAUGGUUCGAAGGGAGACUGCGGGAGCCCUGCCGUAGGGAUUUUAUUCUUUGUUACUUAUAUCAUUAUAUCAUUUCUCAUUGUUGUAAACAUGUAUAUAGCCAUUAUUUUAGAGAACUUCAGUGUAGCCACUGAGGAAAGUACAGAGCCUCUAAGCGAGGAUGAUUUUGAUAUGUUCUAUGAAAUCUGGGAGAAAUUUGACCCUGAAGCCACUCAGUUUAUUGAGUAUUCUGCACUUUCAGACUUUGCAGAUGCACUGUCAGAACCUUUGCGCAUAGCGAAACCAAACAAAAUCAAACUCAUAGCAAUGGACCUGCCCAUGGUCAGUGGCGAUAGGAUCCACUGCUUGGAUAUUUUGUUUGCUUUUACAAAAAGGGUGCUAGGAGAAUCCGGAGAAAUGGAUGCCCUUAAAAUACAGAUGGAAGAAAAGUUCAUGGCAGCGAAUCCAUCUAAGAUCUCUUAUGAACCAAUUACAACAACUCUCAGACGGAAACAAGAAGAGGUCUCUGCCAUCGUCAUCCAGCGGGCCUACAGGAGACAUUUGUUUCGUCGCUCCAUGAAGCAGGCAUCUUACUUGUACCGGCACAGAACCUUUGAUGGCAGCAUCCUCGAGGACGAUGCACCUGAGAAGGAGGGUCUUAUUGCGUUCAUGAUGAACGAAAACUAUGGCAGGCCAAUAGACAAAUCGGAAACUGUGUCCUCCACGUCUUUCCCUCCAUCCUACGACAGUGUCACCAGAGGUACAAGUGAUAAUCUCCAGUUGAAGUUGACAGACUCGAGCAAAAGCGAUGAGGCUAUAGAUUGUCUGCUCUCACCAGACAGGGAUAAAGAAUCAAUUGUUUAA